CAACUAAUAUCCACAAUUAACCAAUUAGUAUUCAAUAUGGAUACUCUUAUGUGUUAUCUGGAUACUAAUUAUGUGUUGUAUGGAUACUAUUCUGUGUUGUCUAGAUAUUAGUUUGUGAAUUUGGGAUAAUAGUUGAUUCAUGGUGGAUAUCAGUUAGCAAACUUUGAAUAGUAGUCUAUGCUCUCUAAAUACUUUAGUACUUGGAUACUAGUUCAUGUAUUUUGAAUAUCAGUUAGUAUCUGCUAAUGAAUUUUCAAGUUAGUAGAUUAACUUUUCCCGUUAAUAAAUGGUAUAUGAUCCAUAAUUAAACAUUUCCCAACAAUUCAAAUUAUUGGCAUCAAGUGAUUCUUGACAUCACCUCCAUAGAGUAAUAAGCAAGUUCUUGGUUGGAUCAAGGCAUGUGUAUGGAGUACAAUAUCGUGAAGAAAAAUGCUUUCUUUUGGUAAUUCAAGUAGAAUAAUUGACUAUGUAAUUGUUAACUUUAACUAGCUAGUUCUGUACUGCGACAAAAUUACACUCGUUCGAUACAUUUAUAUGGUAGAUGAUAUUUAUUAGAAAACAAUGAUCACUUUUACCUAACAAUUUUUUAACUAAUUAGUGGCCAUAAUAUUAGUUGUGUCGUUAAAUACACUUGCCUAGAGUACCAUUAGUCCAUUACUAAUUACUAAUUAGGGGUGGCAGUACGAUUGUCAGUUAGCGGCUAACCGACCGAUUUAAUCGAUAAUUACCAAUUAGCGGCUAACCGAAAUUUGACUCCUAAUAAUUCUCGGUCAGUGGUCGGAGUGGAUGGUAGGAGUUUCGGUUAGCCAAGUAAUUGAAACCGAUUAACUAGCUAACCGAAGUACCGACCGAGGGUUCCCACCAAAGACACUGUUCCCCCCUCCCCACAACGCCGUUCCACAAAAAUUCUAUCCACCUCCACCAAAAUGACCCCUCUCCUUCAUCACCUGUCACCAAUCCAUUCACCAACCGCCCCACCCUACCCUUCCUCUCUUCUUCAUGUUCCCAGUUCCCCUGGCGUCACCUCCUUCCUCACCACCAGACCGGCGUCGGCCCAUCGCGGGUCCUCCGCCGAGCGCAUCAGCCUUUGUCGUCGUGCUCGUCCCGCCUCGGCCUUCGCUCGUCCUUUCUUUUUCUGCCUCCGCCGUCGAGCUCCACGCCACCAGCCACUCCUCCACUCCUCCGCCCUCACACCCGCCUUGCCGCAGCUCGUCGUCGUCGAGAAGAGACAGGGAGACAGGCGACAGUAGUACAACAUACAAGCACCUCCCCGAUCGCCCUUCACACUCACCUUCCCAAUCACCCUUCGAAAUCGGGAUCUGCAGAAGAAUGAGGCUAGCGGUGCCGAUAGAUCUUAAGACUGAAAUAGAGAUUUAAAGGAAGGAUCGAGAACUUUGGAGUUAGAGAUAAGGAUUGGGCGGUAGACGAAUUUCCAUUUUUUUAAUGAACUUCCCUUAAGCGACACCGUUUUGGAGAGAAGGGGUAUUUUUCGGGUAUGCGACUAACCGAGCCUAAAACCGAAAACCAACCAGUCGAUUGACAGUUAACCGUGAACCUCUUCUUGGUCGGUUUUCGGAUGGUCCAGGAAGUGUUUCGGCUAACUGAUAACCGGGUUUUCGAUUUUUGGUUUUCGGUUAAACCAAAAUUGACCGGCUGCCACCCCUAUUACUACCAUUAUACCGAUAAAAAAAAAUUACUACCAUGAUAUACUAGUUAAGGAAUUCCACUUAAUACAUGAGGGUAAAGCUGUAAUUAUGAGAAAAUAAUAGCGAUAGACUAGUCAUUUCGAUUGUUCCAAUCAAGAGGCGUCGGUCUGACAUUGAGCAAAUCUCAAUUUAGUUUGGGCUUUCUUUUUCACCAUGUUGCCGCUGCACUUCUUUUUGAGCAUCCGAUUCAUAAGGCAUUCCAAUCCAUCUGCCAAAACUGGACUUUCGUCAUCACCCAAGUCGGGGAAGGCAAAUUUGGCUCGUGUGCCCGAAAAAUGGAUGUAGGAAAGUUGGAUAGGAAACUAGGGAUUGCAACGAAAAAUAUUCGGGGACGAAUAGUGAAUGAAUAUUCAUUUGCACAUUUUUAGUUCUACCUAGUUUAAGUUUUGUUCAUAAUUAUAUUCCUACAAAGUCCCGACAGUAACUCAAAAUCAUACACAUUUGUUUCAAUUUGGAGUAUCUAUGAAGACUCUUAAGCUGGUCCCAGAUCGAAAGCCGGCAUUCUUGGUGAACCUGGAAUAUUGCAAUAAGCCAAUUGGUUGCCAGAAGUGUAGGGUGUUUGGGCAUCAGUGUGAGAAUUCAGGGGGUGAGGGGGAAGGGGAUCAGGGAAUUCAGGGGAAUAUAGAGAUUGGAGGUGUAGAGGCUGUUGCUGGAAGUGCUGGGCAGCUGAUUCUGGACUCUAUUCUUGCUUUGAAGGGGUGUGUGCUGUGGAGUUGCCUACUGAGAGUGAGCUUCAGAGCUAUGGUAGGGCAACCAAGCUCUCCCUCUACAGGGGAGGGUCCUAUCACCCUUCGAUUGUGAUGGUAUUAGGUUUUUUAAUGUUACGACUGAUGGAAAGAGAGAAUGGUACCCGUAGUAUGCUUGUGCUAUUAUGUUAGUAUUGGUAGUGGUAGCUUUGUACUGGUACACUUGUAGUGGCAGUUUUGUACUGUCUGGUACAAUUGUAUUGGUACGCAUGUAGUGGUAGUAGGGAUGGUAAUUUGAACCCGCCCCGUCGGGUAUUACCUUACCUGACCCGCGAUGGGACGGGUAUUACCCGACCCGCAGUAGCGUGGGGCGGGGCAUGGGUAUCAACUUCCGACCCGUCCUGUCUCGACCCGCCCCGUUCUUGACCCGUUCUAGGUCAAUUUCUUACGUCGUCCUUUCAUACAUCUCCUAUUUUGACUUUUCUUCAACUAGUUAGACUUGAUCUUUCAACUAGAUAGACUCAACUGCCUAUUAUAUUAUCACUAUUAUUCAUUCAUGAAUUCUUAAAGUGAAAUUCUGUGUGUAUUAUUUUCAAAUAACAUGAAAUAGUGGGUCGACCCGCCCCGACCCGUAGUAGCAUGGAGCGGGGCAUGGGUAUUGAGGUACCCGCCCCGACCCAUUGCCAUCACUAAGUGGUAGUUUUGUACUGGUACACUUGUAGUGGUAUUUUUGUACUGGUAGACUUGUAGUGGUAUUUGGGACAUGAUACAGUUUAAAUUGUCAAUUUUGACAGAUGUUUCCUUAUUCUGAUGAGAUUUUCUUACCCGUAGAUUUCUUAUAUUAGUCCAUCAAGGAGAGACAAAACCAUUGGGCGAUGCCAGUGCAGAUGAAUCGAGUGAGAUAAUUGAUGUCCGACCAUAAAUACUUGAUUAAACU